GCAUUUGGGAUGCAGUCGCUUCGAAAUCAUCGACUGAAUCACUUUCAGCCUCUGUGAUUUGCAACAUAAGCGUGAUCUUUUGUAGUGCUGAACACGUAUAGCAAUAAAUCCCACAUAGAGUUGAAAAUAUAAAAAUAAAAGGGAAUUUAAAGGCAUUUCAGGAUAUUCUGUGAGGAAUAAUAAAAAAAAAUAAAAUGAAGGUGACGUUCGUUUUAUUUUUUAUCUGUGUCUGCCUCUUGAAUCACUACACAGAAGCACGACGUGGACGUGCAAGAGGAAGAACAAAAUCAAGGGUGCAAAUUGGAUUGCCAAUCACAGGGAAAUAUCGUGAUCCAGAAUCCGAUCAGUACUACAACAACAACAAUGGGGCGAAGAUUACGCUUGCAUCGCAUUUUGACUAUGAAUACGUUCUUGGGCACAAAAUUGCCUUCCUUUGCGUGGCCAAAGGGAAUCCACGUCCUCAUAUAACAUGGUUUAAGGAUGGUGUGGAAAUUUUCACCCACAUUUACAUGCACGUCCACGAAUGGCGUAUUGGGAAGGAUAAAGUCAAGUCCAAGAUUGAAAUUGAUCCCGCAACGCAAAUGGAUGCCGGUGUUUAUGAAUGCACAGCCGACAAUAUGUAUUCGAUUGAUCGGAGAAGUUUUAAAACUGAUUUCUCCAUUGCAUUCGAUUGAAAUUCUCAUAUAGCAUUCUACCGUAAUAUUAUGUUACAUAUCCUCAUAAUUAAUUCUUUGUGAAUCCAUUUUGUAAUUGUCCCCUAAGACAGCAAUAAAAUGUUUGAGGAAAAGUGA